UGUUGGGUUCAUGCCUCAUGGACAUGGCCAGAGAGGGAAGAAUAAAGGAGGAGGAGGUGGACAGUUUCAACCUUCCCAUAUAUUACUCAACACCAAAGGAACUGGAAGACAUCAUCAGAAGCAACGGAGAGUUGAAAAUUGAUAAAAUAGAGACACUGGGGAGCAUGGGCGCGCAAGACACCAUGCCUGACCUUGAGUCUAGGGUUCUGUACUUGAGAGCGGUGCUGGAAGGUCUCGUUCGCACCCACUUUGGCCACCAAAUCCUCGACGAUCUGUUUGAUCGCUACGCCCUCAAACUUGCUCAUUCCUCUUUCAUCCUCCAGCCUCAAACCCACAGAUCCAUCAUGAUCUUUGCACUUCUCAGUCGCUGUAGUGACAUCUGAUAUAUGUUCUCUAUUAUGCAAUCCAUAAGGAAUGAUUUACCUUUAUCUAUAUAUAUGAAUAAUGUGCUUUACACAACUUUCAUC